UCUGGGCCAUCAAAAGCCCGUUCGGCCCGCGUUUUAUUCAAAACACCGGAAUGGCGUUCAGCGAAGAACCGUUCCGUUCGGUUCCGUUGGUGUAAACUAUUAGAUGAUCUGGGCCCAGAAUAGCGUUUUGAUUUCCACUUCAUUUUAAACCCAACCCACCAUGUUCUCAGAUCCAGUGGUGUUAUAGUUCUGGACGCUGUGAGAUCAGGAUGAUUAUUUUCGAAUCUAACAGCAGCAAAAGAGCAGAAGUGGAAAACAUGCAAACUGUCUUAAAUAUGAAACGAGGUUAACGCGUCUGUCAGCUAGGGAAAAGCUGAUCUGUGAACAUGAUUGAUGAGCUACCAGAGGGAGCCGUGAAGCCGCCAGCUAAUAAAUACCCCAUCUUCUUCUUCGGUACCCAUGAGACUGCGUUCCUGGGCCCUAAAGACCUGCUGCCCUACAAGGAAUACAAGGACAAGUUUGGCAAGUCAAACAAAAGAAAAGGAUUCAAUGAAGGCCUGUGGGAAAUUGAAAACAAUCCUGGUGUCAAAUUCACUGGUUACCAGGUGAUGCAGCAGCAGAGCUCCUCGGAGACGGAGGGAGAAGGAGGGAACGCAGUCGACAGCGAGGAAGAAGAAGAGGAGGGAAAGCUGAAGAGCGACAAAGUCGGAUCCAAGCGGAAAAAAAGUGCAUCCUCAAAGUCCUCCAAGCUGUCCAGGAAGGGUUCGGGAGAUGAAGAUCUGGAGAAGGAUGGGAAAGAUGAGCAGAAGAGCGGAUCAGAGGCUGGUGACCAUGACAACAACAUCCAUAACUCUUCAGACAAGACAUGCAGUCAAGGGAAUCUCCGGGAGGAUCGUUAGACGAUCAUCGGACGACGGCUCGUGACGCUGAAAUGUCAUACUGUAAAUUCAUCUUAUUACACUGACCGCUUGCAAACUCCUACACAUUGUUAUCUGGCUCAGUCAAACACACACACACACACACACACACACACACACAGUCAAAUAAAAACAUAACAACCAGGUUUUACACACAAACGUCAGUCUGCUGAUUUGAUUUUAGAGGUUUAGCUUCAGCUCAUUCAGAUCUCAUUCAUGUGUCAUGCUUGCCGUUUAUUUCUUAACAAUGGAACAAACAGACGUUUGUCUGUCAAACAACUCGGCCGUCUUUCACGCUUGUACGUAACCUGAGAGAAAGGAGUGGAAAGCGUAGAAUAUGAAGAAUCGUGCACAAGCAGAGUUGCGCACCGUAACUCGAUAUUAUCUCUGUAUACUUGAUUUGGGUGUAGAUUCUUGGAUCUCUGUACUAUUAUCCCCAUGCGCAUCCGUUCCUGUGUCGUGGGUUGUUGUUUUCUAGCCUUUCUAGUGGCAUGCUGUAGUUUCACAUGUUGAAGAUGUUCUUCUGGCUGUCCGUUCCUGAUCACAGACGCCCCUCUUCCACACAGUCCAUUUUUAUUUCUUAUCUUUGUUUAUAUAAAGAAUAUAUUCUAUUUAUUUUUGAUGAUAGUAGAUGACACAUCUGUGGUAAAUUCACCAAUGUGGUUUUCCUGUCGUUUAAUUUUAUUGCCCUCAUACAUGUUGCAUUUUCAAGGUUUGUAACCACAUGUAAACUGUUUUUCCUGUUUAUUGACAAGAAUUUUACAGAAUAAACUCAUUGGAAUGCCA